UCUUAAAUUCAUGAAUAUUAAAUUAUAGUUGAUUAUGCUAGUUAGAUCGAUAUGAAAAUAGUUAGAUCGGCGAAGAAAUUAGAGUCAACCAUGCUUUACUCACUUGCAAAAAUAAUGAUUAACCCGCCAAUAUGCCAUAGUCUUGUACCAGAAAAACCAGGAUAUUAUAAAGUAAUCAGUCAUCACUUUGUCACCUUCAUUUCCUUAAUCCUCAAGCCACCCUUACCCUUUACUUUUGUUAACCGCGUUUUCUUGUUUUAUAUUUCAUUUAAGACUGUCCAUGAUGAACUAUAAUUUAAUAUUAAUGAAUUUAAGAGUGUCAAUAAAACUUCAACUCACCAAGAAACUCAGAGUUAAUUCCAUUGGAUAAAAAUUUAAAAGUCUUGUGAAGCCAGUGUUACCAAUCCUAGGACCUUACCGGAGAGUCAAUAUCAGCAAGUGAAAGGGUGAAAAUACCCAAAAUUGCCAAUGAGUUGAUUAGGAUGUUGAUUAACAGUGGAUGUCUAGUGAUUAGAUGGAUUAGGUUUAAUGAUAAUGACAAUUUGUCAAAAUAUAAAACGACGGCCAAGCAGGGAAAAGAUGAAAACCAAAGUCAUGUUGAGUGUUGGAAUUAAAAAGACCAGAAAAUGGGAAGCACAAUAGUUACGAUAAGCUGGAUCUUUGGGUGAACACCAUUAAUUAUAAGAAUAUUAGUCUCGUUAGAGUUGAUGAAAAUUGUCCAUGGAUCUGUGAACAAUAAGAAUUGGAACAAUUAAAGCAAAUCGCUGAUUUAUUCCAUAGAAUUUGAAGAAAAUUAUAAGUGAAAAGAAGGAAGAAAAGGUGAGUAAGAAGGAGGAGGAAGAAAAGAAGGGUUAGAUGAUAUCAAUGAUCUCAAUGAUGUCCAGGGAAGCGUUUAUGAUGAUAAUGUUAAAAGUGAGAGGAAGACACAUUUGGUUGGGUGGAAGGAAGAGUCUCAUAAUUCAGUGAAAUCAUGGUUUUGAAAGGAGGAGUUAUGAAUAUGAUGAGAAAAAAAUUAACUUCAAUUGUUAAACCUCAAGGUAUGAUGAUCAGGUUGAUGAGUGGUGCAGUUUUGUAUCUAUGAGCCAACCAGUUGGUUAAGUUAGAUGAGUUUAGUCAACAGUUUAUUUACCAGCAACUGAACCAUUUUUUGCUUCUUUGUAAAAGUUCAAUUUUAUCCUUUGAAUCAUCGCCGUUAAUCUUUUUCUUUUCCAGGUUCCAGAUUUUUCUUAUCUCUGGUUAACCAAGUUUACAUUUUAACCUAUUAUCUGUUCCCACAGGAUCAUUAUUAACCUGUCAUUGAGUCAUUUUUUAACCUCUGUUAACACUUAUUUUUUAUGAUUUGGUAAAGAUACGAUUUGACUUCUCUGUCAAAGAGAACCAUGUUUUUCACCUUUGCUGUUUACUCCAUAAUUUUCGCCAUUGGAUCAGAGGUUGAUUCUCUUCCAUCGUCAUCUUUAGCCCCAUCAACAAUCACCUCAACGCCUCCAACAACACUUGGUGCAUCAACCUCUACGGAAUCAAUUAAAGACAAUUUAAUUGGUAAAGUGUUGUCAUCUUCCAAUCGACAAGGAUUUACUGUCUCUGCCAAUGGACUCUCCUCGACCGGUUACUCUAAACCAAAUACAUUAACCAUUGAUUUGCGGUCAACUGGACAUGGUGAUCUUGACUUGUUUAGCAGACCAGAUGACUCAAAUUAUCGAUCUACAGGGUUAAGAUCUGACGAUAUCAGUGAAGAUGAUGGCCUUACCGAUGGGCUUGGCACAACUGAAUCAAGUGGACCAACAAUCACCAAUUUUACCUCAUCAAUGGCUGCUGUUUAUCAAGAAGAGCCUGACAAUAUGUUUACUUCAAGUCCUCUUGGUACCUUAUCAGGAUCACAUCCAGGUUCAAUGACAAUAACUUCCUCAGGAUUACAAUCAGCUAACCACGAGAUUUGUGACUUUUGCAUCUAUGAAGGUGAAGGCAAUUUUACUAGCUAUGGUUAUCCUUUGCCUUACCGAUCAAACCUUAAUUGCUCUUAUAGGAUUCAAAAGGUUGCCAAUGAAAGUCCUGAUUACUGUGAACUUGAUUUAAUAUUUCACGAUUUUGAUGUACCAAUUUCAUCCAUUGCUGGUGUCACCUCAGGACCCAACUCUAUGCUCUCUGAAUGUAACGAGGAUUACUUGCUGGUUGCAGGUCGUAAAUUUUGUGGUAACCAUUGGCGAGGUCGAGCUGAAGUGAUACCAUUUCCAUUGAACCAGCGAGAAGUUACCUUUAACUUUAUCUCCAAUGAAAGGGUCUCAGGUCGUGGAUUCUGGGUGGAGGUUAGGAAAAGGCCUGGAACUUGUUUACAGAAGAAAGCAAUGAGAGCUUGUGAGGAGCGUUACUCUGAUUCCGAGUUUUAUAUUACCAGUCCACAGUUUCCGUCCGGGUAUCCCAACAAUGCUGAGUGUACCUAUCACAUUAGACGAUCCGAUCAAUCAGUUUGUGGUCUUGAAUUUAAAUUCCUCCACUUUGAUCUUGAGCCAGGAGAGGGUUGCGCCUAUGACUAUUUAUCCAUUGAUGGUCAACGAUUUUGUGGAACCGUUUCACCACACACAGUGAAGCAAGUUAAAUUUGAUGAAGAUCAAAAAGUUCUGGUUUUCCAUAGUGACAAGCAACUUCCUCGUUCCGGAUUCCAUUUAUUGGUCAGACAACUUCGCAAAUGUGGUCCCUCUCAAUCUUUACCACCACCUCCUAAUUGUAACAUUUGUACAGAUCAAAAAUCGGGAAUAUUGGUCAGCUAUGGUUAUCCAAAUCCUUAUCGAAAUAAUUUACUCUGCUCUUAUACUUUGGAAAAGGCCAAUUCUGAUAUGUGUGCCGUUGAAUUUAAAUUUGAUGAUUUCGAUUUAGUUCCAUCCAAUGAUUGUACAGAAGACUAUCUAUCUUUUGGUGGAUCCAAGUUUUGUGGUUCAACAUUGUAUGCAAGUAAACGUAUACUUGAAUUUGGGUCCAACAAUACGGUUGAGAUGACCUUUAGAACUGAUGGCAGUUCUCAUGCAAGAGGAUUUUCAGCAUCUUAUCGUCAAUUACCAUGUUCAUCAACUGGUUUACCCACUGCUUCAUCUUCAACUACUCCAGCUCGAGAUAUUACACCACUUCCAGCCAAAGACAAACCAACCACAACAAAAUCAAUCUAUUGUGAUCGACAUUUUACCGAUAAACAUUUUCUCCUUCAAAGCUACAAUUAUUCAGCAAAUUAUCCAAACAAUUUAGACUGUACCAUAACUGUCCAUCGAAAUUCUUCCAAAGUUUGCUACAUUGAAUUAACAUUCCUCAUGUUUGACGUUGAAGCUUCUCCUCAGUGUCAAUAUGAUUAUCUAGAGAUUAACAAUGUACGACUUUGUGGUACGCUUCAAAGAGAAACCACUCGAACUUACAUUUUUGAAGGAGUUGAAAAGGUCAUUAAAUUUCACUCAGACAACUCGUCAAAUCGUGGAGGUUUCUUGAUAAGAGCUGAACAAUUAGAGUGUCAUGGGGACGCCAUCAUUCGAAACAUGUCUGAUAUUGUGCCAACUACUGAUGCACUACUUGCUGAGCAACCAAUACCUUGUGAUACCGUAAUCACUGAUCAAACCUUUGAAAUAAUUAGUCCAUUAUAUCCUUCACCUUACCCUCGAUCAUCCGAAUGCGUUUACAUGAUACAUAAAUUUGAUUCUCGCAUUUGUCGACUUGAAGUUACAUAUUAUGACUUUGAGUUGCAAGGAGUAAACUCUCAUGGCUACUGUUCAUCUGAUUAUCUUGAUUUCAAUGGUAUACGAAUGUGUGGUGUUGUAAACAAAAACUCUGUCCGCAAUUAUUAUUUCCCAGAGUCCAAGUUUUCCAUUCGAUUCCAUGCAGAUUCAAGUUUAUCUGGGAGAGGUUUCCGGCUAGGAGUUAAACAAGCAGAGUGUAUUGAACCAGCAAGUGAACAACCUUCAACUUUACCCUCAACCACCAUAACCACAUCUCCACCUCCAUCAACUCCGUUAGCCUCAACCACCCAGAGAGUUCAAACACACCAGUGUGAUCAAGUUUUCACAUCAGCAUUUGCUGAAAUUGUAAGCCCUGGUUGGCCAACCAAUUACCCCUCCUCAACCCGAUGUCAAUAUACCAUAAUUAAACGUACUGAUGUUGGGCCUAUUUGCCAGUUAGAGGUGAAUGUAAUCAACUUUGAACUCGAUCAAACCAUCAACUGUCAAGGUGAUUACCUUGAUUUUGAAAAGGAGAUAAUUUGUGGCUCAUUGCCCUCCGGAACAGUUAAGCUCUUCCCUUUUAACCGUCCAGAGUUUUUAAUUAAAUUUAAAAGUGAUUCCUUGGAUACUGUUUCCUCUCGCCGUGGUUUCUUCCUUCAAAUCCGUCAAAGAGAGUGUAUCGAUGGAUUCAGUGUGAGUCCCUCCAAAUUACCAACCACUCCAUCGGUUCUUCCCGAAAUUAUCAAUCAACAGCAACAACAGACAGCUGAUAAAAAACGCCUUGAAUAUUGUGGUUCAAUAUUGCGAGGUCACAAAUUUGAAUUGAAAAGUCCUCUGUUUCCAGCUCCAUAUGAGGCAGGAUUAGAUUGUCCUUAUACAGUUAAACGAUCUCAUCCAAAUAUUUGUUUCCUUGAUUUGUUUUUCCUCGACUUUGAGCUGCAAGAUGAUAAAGAGUGUAAUUAUGAUUAUCUUUCGAUUGGCGGUAAAAGAUAUUGUGGUAUAAUCAAACCUGGAGCAAUUCAAACGUAUGCUUUUGAAAAUCACAAUGAAAUUUCAAUUGUUUUCCACACUGAUCGAUCAAGCUCUGGACGUGGCUUUUAUAUUAGGGGAUCUCAGCGGGAAUGUGAUCCAACUACUACAACUGUAACAACAGCUUCAUACGAGAAACCACCUACAACACCGAGUAAUCGAUCCAAUGGUUCACAAAUUAAUCAAAUAUUACCACAUUUACAGCCAGUUCCAUCAAUUUGUGAAUUUUGUUUUGCCAGUAGAGAUGGAGAAAUAAAAAGCUAUGAUCAUCCUGAUCUUUAUCCGGCUAAUUUAGAUUGUAACUAUCGAAUCACUGCUUUGCCUGGUCACUGUGCGGUCUAUCUCAAGUUUGAUGUUUUUGAUCUCGAAGAAUCGAGAAAUGGUCACUGUAUUGACGACUAUCUGGAAAUAGAAGGAGAUCGAUAUUGUGGCAAUCAAUUGAGUCGUGCUCAGAAAUUGCUCGAUUUCAAUGGUAAACCUCAAGAAGUAGUUUUACGAUUUCAUUCAAACGAGUUUAUUUCCGGACAAGGAUUUAGAGUUUCAUAUGCUCAAAUAGCAUGUAACAAUCUUGGAGUUAAUCAAAUGCCACUGAAUGCACCAGAUAAACCUAUUCCACAAAUAAUUGCUGAUUCUUCACCAAUCUCAGUUUUAGAUUCAAAUAGCAAAAUAUCCUCUUCUUCGGCAAUAGGUGUGGAUGGAUCAUCAAUUAGGCGAGUUCCAUGUGACUUGGUUGUAUUUGAUGCACGAUUUGAAAUUUCAACUCCUGGUUAUCCAUAUAUUUAUCCAAAUAAUGCCGAUUGUCUAUUCUCUAUCCGUCGUGCCAAUUACAAUAUCUGCAAAUUAAGGCUUGAGUUUGUAGACUUUGAUGUUGCAUCUUCACUAAAUUGUGAAUCAGAUCAUCUUGACAUUGAAGGGGAACGAAUCUGUGGAAUCAUAUCAAACAACACAAUUAGGGAAUUUGAUUUCCACAAUUAUAAAAUCGCUCUGAGAUUCCGUUCAGGUGACUAUAGUUCAAGAAGAGGAUUUUUCAUUCGUGGACAACAAAUUGAAUGUUAUGAUCACAAUAAAUCUCCACCAUAUCCAUCCAAUUCUGCUGAUUUCCCUUCUUAUUCAUCAUAUGAAAAUCGGUAUUCACCAAAAUACCCCAAUAAUUCACCAUCAACAUCAUCGCAAUCUUUUUCAUCAUCAUCAAUAGUUUAUCCAUCAAGUAACUCAUUUAUGUCUUCAUCAGCACCUCUUCCCCAAUCAGGCUCAAGUGGAUCUUACCCACCAAGUCCAUCACAUCAAGCAAGGCAAACCUCACAAGUUACUCCACUCAGUGGAACAAUUAAUGUCUCAGAUAAUAGAGAAACAAAUUCAUCUUCUCAACCACCAAUCAAUCAACAAAAUAUCCAAGAAGAAAUUGAUUCACAGCAAACUCCUGUACAACAAUUCAAUUCAUUUGGCUCUCCAAGCUCUUGCGACAAGACGAUAACUGAAGGUUUCUUUGAGCUUCAAUCAAUAAAUUAUCCUUCAAGAUACCUUGCUGGAAGCAAAUGCUCCAUUAUUAUCAAAAAGGCCAACCCUUCAGUUUGCCAUUUGGAUUUAAUGUUCAUACACUUCGAUGUUGGAUCUGGCUCUUGUACAAAUGAUUAUCUUUCAAUUGAUGGCGAAAGACUGUGCGGAUCUAUAUCGGGUGGAACUGUUAAAACCUUUAAUUUUGAUCUUCCUGAGAAGUUUAUCUUCUUCCGUGGAGAUUUCGGUCAAGGCGUUGGAUUCAACAUCCGUGCUCGUCAAGUUGAAUGUGGUCCAACAACUCAAACUUCACAAUUACUUAAUCGAUCACCAGUUUCUCUCAAAUCACCAUCAAGUCGAUCAAAUGAAAUACGGAAUCCUUUUGUUUCCUCAUUUUCUUCAUCUUCACCCUCGUCACCUUUGUCUUCAGCUUCAUCCUCUUCUUCGUUUGAUCAUUUCUCGUCCAAUUUACCUUACUGUGACCAAAUCUUCUCUACAGAUAGCUUUACUUUAACCAGUCCCAAUCAUCCUAAUAAUUACCCAAACAAUCUAUAUUGCCAAUAUACUAUCCGAAGACCCAGUUCUUCCGUAUGUGCAAUCGAUAUCACCUUUAACAAUUUUGAUUUAGAAGAAUCUUCUGGUUGCACCAAUGAUUACCUAGAAAUAGAUAAGUCGAGAAUUUGCGGACUUUUACCACCAAAUCAUAAGCGACGAUACAAUUAUUUCGACGGCCAAGAUCUGGAAAAAACAUUGAUUCUGCGAACAGAUUCACACAUCUCCAAAAGCGGAUUUUCACUUAAAAUUAACCAAGUAACUGGAUGUUCCCCAACAGAUUCUCAUCAUCACCACACAAAUCGUCAACCAUCUAAAUCACAAUGCAAUGAAUGUAUGAAGGAUUUGGUUGGACAAAUCACAAGUGAUCAUUAUCCAAAUAAUUAUGGCAACAACGCAGACUGUAAUUAUCGAAUUGCCUCAGCUGGACCACAAUAUUGUAAAGUAACAGUUUACAUAAGAGAUUUGGAUAUUGAAGAGUCUGAAGCUUGUGACAAAGACUAUCUCUAUGUGGAUGGACAACGAUUUUGUAACACCAAUUACAAGCCAAAGCCAAUGACCAUUUAUUUCCCAGAGUAUGGACCAAGAGAGAUAACAUUCAGUUUCCAUAGUGACUCGAAAGGAACCGGAAGAGGAUUCUUCCUUGAUUAUAUGCAACAAAGUUGUUCAACUGCAUCACCAUCGUUAUCACCGUCAACAAUGUCCAAGUCUCCGUUUUAUCCCUCAAAUCAUGUGGCAAAAGCUGUUAUUGAAGAGAUUGUUGAAACUAAAGUUGCGGUUCUUGAUCAUCGACCCAAUACGCAACCUAACUAUCCUUCAGUUUCUGCCAAAGACUCUAUUUAUGUUGGCGAUUCAUCAUCGCUUUCUUCCGCACCUUCAUCUUCAUCCGUCUCUAAAGCCAAUCUACCAUCAUCACUGAAGAAAUCAUCUUAAAUACUCACAAGAAUUAUUCUCUUUCAAAUUCAAUUCAUUUUUAAAUUUUCUAAUGUAACUAACUUUUUGUUAAAGCUGCCAACUGUUGGCCAUGAUUCUUUUGUCUAUCAAAUGAUUGGAAUCAGUCGAACGGCUUACUCAAUUCCUGGUGCAUCCAAUCUUUUUUAUACAGACAUAAUUGAAAUAGAGUUAAACAUUUGUUUUGAAAACAAUCUAUUGUAAGCUAAUUUCAAUACAAUCCUGAAUGAUU